AUGAUGGAAGAUCCUCAAUCCUUAUUGACUACAGCAUCUCACCAUUUUGAGAAUGGACAAAUAAAAGAUGCCUAUCAAUCAUUUUUAACCACAGCUCAAAAUGCCAUAAAACCAUUAUUUGACGUGAAGUUUGUUCACUGUUCUAUCGUUUCAAAGCCGCAAAAUCAUGAAGCAUUACUUUGCAUAUUACGAACAUGUUUCGAUCAAAUUGAAAAGAUUAUAGAGCAUCAUUCUAUUUCAUCUAAUAAACCAUCGCCUUAUCCUCCUCCCUUACCCCCAAAGCCUAGUGCAAGUAACAGCAAGCCGGUCUUGCCUCCAAAGCCUACUCGACCCCUACCAACCAUGCCUACGCUAGUCGUCAAGACAGAACAAGAUGCCGGGCCAGCAUUUCCUCCUGUACCUGACGGAGAAAUUGACCCCAAUCACCUUGUACCAGCACAAACGAAUAACAAUGACAGCCUAACUCCACCCGGCAAUUCAAACCAUAUACCAAAGAUACCAGUUCCGCCUCUUCUCACUACGCAUCGAGUCCUUCAAGCAAAAUUAGAUGAACUUGAAUCAUCCUUGAACGAAUACCGUACAAGAAAGCGGCAGUUAUCGCUUCACCAUGAAAAUAUCAACAGUAAUAGUAACAAUAGUAACAAUCACAUGACUGAAAACGAAUUGGAUGAUGCCAUUUCCAAAUAUACCCCGUAUGUAGCCGAAGCCAAGCAAACGCUCAAUAGAGUACGUACGAUCUACAUGAAUGCAGCCACCAUCCCAUCCAUUUUGCACUUUCAUCCAGGCAUCAUCGCAUACCAAAUCACUCGCAUCGAGUCUGCCAUUUUCAUGGCUAUUCCUCCUCAGUCACUUCUGACACAUUCGCCCAAGAACCCGCAUCCUCGAAUUGUGGCAUCUACUGAUUUUUUUAACUUUAUUACAAGAGUUAUUGAGCACUCCAUCUUAUUGCCUCAGGAAGCAUCGUCAAGAGCUCAGCAUAUUCAUCACUGGAUAAAAAUUGCCACCAAAUGCCAGGAACUCAACAAUUACCAAACGUUAAAAGCUAUCGUUUCCGCAUUAGGCACACCACCUGUUCAGCGGUUGAAGAGAACAUGGGCCUAUAUUCCUAAAAAGAGCAUGUCAAAACUGGAAGCAUUGAAUGAGCUCAUGUCUGAAUCAAACAACUAUGGAAAGUAUCGAGAGCACAUGGGCAUUGCCUCUACCUCCGUACUAGGGAAAAGCGUUAACAGGAUGCAAUCAGAACAUUGCAAACGGCCGACGGUUCCCUUUUUGGGUACAUUUAUUCAUGACAUGACCUAUCUUUUAGCCGCUGUUCAACAGCAGAUCCAACAAGAACAAUCCAUCCAUGUGCCUGUACGAACCUCGUCCCGACCUGACAACAGGUCGAUAUCCAAUAACACCGAUACCCUUCAAAAGGACCCUCGUGUUCAAAAGCUUCUUCAUACCCUUGCCCUCUUCCAGUCUUGUCCACCCUAUGACAAGAAACCAAAUUCGAUAUACGCAAAGGCGGUCCAAAAGAACACCAGUCCAGUUCGACCAGCCCUCAGUCAAGCCAUUCAUCGCAGUAAAUCUAGCUUUGGCCGUUUGGGCGGUGCGAUUGGACUUGGAGGAAAUAACUACGUGGACGGCGCCAGUGAGAUUAGUUUGACUAGCAGUAGCUCGAACGACAGUGAUGACGACUUUGAUAUUGACGAGCAGUCAAGUCUUGUCACCCAAUAUAUCCUUAUGCGCCCAUGGGUUAGUCAAGAUACCGUGGAUGAACUCAGUUUGCUUCGUGAACCGCCUCGAUCUGGCUCUAGACAAAACGGUGGGCCUACGAGAAGUAAUAGUGUAGGAAGUCACUAUGCAAGCUCGUUCAUGAGCAAUACAAGUUCGUUUAUGAGGCUUAGUGCAAGUGGUAAUAGUACAACAACCAACGCGUCCUCAAGCACUCUAGAAAGUCGACCAGAGAGUUUGGAUGAUUUUGCUCGAUUCCAAGGCUGUCCUUCUCCAUUAGCCGAAAAUGGGUCGUAUAAAGAUGAACACGAUGUCUUUAACGUGGGAUGA